AUGGAGACACUUCCAUACCACACCUGUUUUCUUGAAUAUGAUUGGAAAGCUUUCUCCAUAUUGGAAUCGAAGGUGGAUCAUGUUGCAAUUCCAAAUUUCCAUGACAAAGGCAUAAUAGUUUUCGGACUUGUUCUUUAUAGGGAAACAGAUAUCAUCUACGAUAAAAAUUUAUAUCCUAUUGCUCAGAAAAUCGAAGUAGCUCAAUUAGUAGGACGUAAAGUGACACAGCAAUGGUUUAAUAACAUGAUGAACAAUCCAUUACUAUCGGAUUUUUGGCUUAAAAAAGGUCUUACUACAUUGCUUGCAACGUAUACUGUCAAUAAGGCUUAUCCAGAUUAUCGAAUAAUGAAUUUAUUUGUUGUUCAAAAUCAACAUUACUCUUUUAAUUUGGAUGGUAAUCAUAUGUGGCCUUCUACUUCACAAGAUGACAGUUUAUUGAAAAUUCGCCAAUCUAUCAGAGCACCCUUUAUACUACGUAUGAUGCAACACAUUCUCACCGAAGAAAUUUUUCAUAGAUUCAUAGGUUUAUAUGCAUAUAACAUGUGA